AUGUCUUUGAUCAACCCCAGCGCUCCAGCCGAUGGCGAGUGCCUGAUCAACCGGCUCCCCCCCGAGAUCCUCAGCAUGAUCUGCGAGUUCCUAGCCCAAGAAGUGGAAAACAAAUGUCCGGCCAUCAUUCAGCGCUCUCUGGGCCACAUUGCACCUUCGAUCACUCGCGAGCGCCGCAACCUUCUGGCCCUUGCUUGCACGUCCAGGCGGUUCCAUGCCGUUGUCCAACCGUUCCUCUACCGCACUAUCAUCCUCACAAACGCUGGCGACCAUCGCCAUCUCCUCCGCGCGCUGGAUAAGCACCCUGAGAUUGCGAAACGGGUGCAGCAUCUCAUCAUGGUUGAGCGUCUGGAGACCGGCCGCCCGUUCAUCUACCGUCCUUCGACGCUCAAGGACGAGGAGAUCAUUAGUGGCCUUCGCCCCGCCCCUAAAGCUCGCUCCGUAAACCCCUUGCGCUGCACCGGGGGAUACAGACCACUGGCCCAUCUCAAGCUGCCUAUACUGUCCGCGCUGGAGGCUCCGAAGAUGCUUGCUGAGCGCGUCCUGUCGCGGGAUAUCGCCAAGCUAUGGACGACCGUCCGCCGCGCCAACUCGUGGAAUGCGAGAUCCUGGAGUCCCUUGCAGAAGAACCAGCGUGACUCCGUCCUUGAUCUGCUGGAACUCCUGCUCCUGCUCCCGCGCCUCAGGCAGUUCCGCUAUCUCCCUUGUCCGGAGGAGCGUCGGUACUGCGGUCCCAUGCAACAAACAUCCCAUGGAUACCCUGAGCCUUUGCCGACUCGGGAAAUAUUCCUGACCAUGCUAGGCAAUCUGCAGCCCACGUCGCAGCCGGUGCUCUACAACGACCUCCUUGCGUGCCUGCAAGACAUCGACAUCCCUGACCUCCGGCACCCGUCAUACCUCAACACCCUGGAUACCAUCAUGUCCCUUCCAAACCUGCACACCCUCCGCUCAUGCGGGUCGAGAUUAAGAGGACCACACGCCGCCACCACAAAGCAGUGGAAGUCAUCGAGCCUCCGCGCCCUUAUCUUCCACCAAAAGGGAUACGACAUCCCCGACAUCCCGCACCUCAUCGCCGCCGUUACCUCCCUCGAAGUCCUGCACCUCGAGCUCUACAGCAAGAGGGAUCUCGUCUACGAGGCAAAUCGCCCCAACGCCGUCGUUGGAGCCCUGGCUCAAGCCCAGGCCGCAACGCUCAGGGAGCUCCGCAUCGUCCAUAGUAGCCCAGGCAAGUUCAGGUACAAUGGGAGGGGGUCGCCCGCCGCACCACGAGUGGAUCUCUCGCUCUUUCACCAGCUUGUCUCUGUUCACCUUCCGGAUGACGUUGUGUUUGACUACAGGGCAGACACGUACCAGGGGCGCAUCAAGCUCCCGCCGCGCCUGGUGGAUCUGGCGGUGGACUGCUUCGCCAGUGCUGAGGGGGCUGCGAAGUGCCUGGAGUGCUUGGCUGAGGCAGUGAAGACAGAACAUUAUUUACCACACCUGCGAAAGAUCAAAAUGGCCGCCUGGAAUAGACCGCCUCCCCCGAUUAUCACUGUUCGCACCAUGCGCGUGUCGACCUUUGAGGACCGCCUUCGAAUGGUUCAGCGCGGUUUUGCUCUGCGGGGUGUUCGGUUUCGCUACGAGCGCAAUGGUCAUGCUGUGAAUUGGUAG